GUCACGUGGAAGGUCACUUCACAGUUGUUUACAUUAUUCUCUGUUUAUAACGCAAUGUUCCAACCGAAGCAGGGAGGAAAUAUGGUCAAAAGGCCAAAAUCUGCAUUAUACUUUCUCCCAGUUGAAGGUUUAAGUCUGCCUAAAGGAUAUACUAUCUCUUGCGACGUGUCCAGGAUUACUUUUGGAACCUCCGAAAAAGCUAACGAAAAAAAUAUAAAAUAUCAUUACCAUGCCAGAUCAUUGGCAAAACGUCUUUGUAUUGAAUCAUUUGGUACUAACAGGGUAGCACAGGAAGAAUACGCGGUCGAAUUCACGUCUCAGCCCCCUCACGGAUGUAGAGUCUUAAAACCCAAUGGUAUCAAGAAAUCAGUGACAUUUUCGGAACUAGUGGAGAUUUGUGAAACGCAUGAUUACAGAGACGGUAUGCUCUCCGGAAACAAAGAGAACUACGAUAUUUAUGUCUGGUUUGAAGGUUUGACGCUCGCGAACACACUUUAUAACGAGUGCAUCGUACGUGACAUAUUUAAGUUCUUGCAAAAAUAUAUUUCACUUAAAAUUUGGCUUAUUAGUUCGGUUCAAAAACAGACGGAGAGCAAAGAAAAUAUUGAAAGACGAAGAAACCCAUAUUACAUCAAACGUCGUCAAAAAAGAGAGAUGAAUCUCCACAGAGAUAUCAACCCAAGCAAUUGCAUUUAUGAUU